AUGUCCGGCCUGGCGGCGCCGCUGUCCUCAGCUUCGCUCGAGCAUCCUGGAAAAACGUCCUCUUACAGCUCGGAUAAUGUUUCUGGCCGAAGCAGCACAUACGGACAAGCAGAGGAAGCAACUAUCUAUACCGAAACCAGGAUGUUACAGGAUCAGACGGGUCGACUCCCCCCUCAGCCAGGGAGCCGCGAAGACGAGAUCGUCAAGAAGCUGUACAGCACAAAGCAGGAUAUGGCAGAACUCUUCUUCCGAAGUGCCAAAUCCAUGUGUGAUCCCGAAUACGGGUUCGAAGAUGCCGACUUCUGGUCUAUCCAAGCACUUUGCCUGAUGACUGUGUACAUGCUCACGGUUUCCAAACGAAAUACCGCCUAUGCAUACCUGGGCAUGGCUGUUCGGUCUGCCUAUGCCCUAGGCCUCCAUCGAGAGGAGACGAUGCAUCCGCUCAUUUAUCCGGAAUCGACGCAAAGGGAGGUGAGACGGAACCUAUGGAAGACGUUAUUCAUCCUCGACAGGUUCCUAGCCGCGUCUCUUGGAAGACCCGUUGCCAUUGUUGAAGAUGAUUGCUCAUGCAAGCUUACUAUUAAUGAUGACAUCGCCGACUUAUCAACCGUAGGGGAAAACGGAUCCGAGUCACUACACUUUGGAUGCCUCGAUGCCUGUGUUAAAUCAUGCCGCGUCAUUGGCGUAACACUCCGUGUGUUUUCGAAGCGGAAGAUUUCCACCGCGGUCGUCCAGGAUAUUGCAAACAUGGCCAAAUAUUGGAGGCGGCCCUCACUCUCAAACUUGACGCCGCAGCAAUCACGUGAAGGUCCGACAAGCCCAGAGCAGGGUAUAGCUGCUCUCCACGCCAAUCUCCUGUCAUUGCACUCCCUUAUUCUUCUGACCAGGCAGAUAUUCAUCAUGCACAACUGGAAACUCGACCAGCAACGCUCUGGAAAGGCGAACCCACCCUCGAACCGAGAGUCACAUAUGGUCAAGUUCUCCGAAGCCUGUGUUGUGGCAUCUUACCAGACUAUCCACUUGAUACAACAAGCCAGGGAGGAUGGGUAUCUCCCACGAAGAAAUCCGUUCAUCAUAUAUUUCCUCUUCGCUGCGAGCCUUAUCGUGCUAAUGAAUCAGUUUGCCUCACUGUACUACGCCGAUAAAUAUAUCAAGACCAUUACCGACGCGAUUUCGACCAUGAAGUACUGUGCAGAGAUUGACCCACAAGCGGAGAGGUUCUCGCAUGUCACGGGAGAAUGGCAGCUCAGCUCCGAGUGUCCCCAGCCCUUUGGACCCAGCAGGCUCAAGAAUAGGCAGCAUUUCACACCAGCCUCCUAUGACCUCACCACCCCUUCCGCGGCCACAGAAAGCAUCCGAAGUUUUUAUCCCGACCCCUUCAACCACCGUCCCGGAAGUGAUCAUGAACGGAAUGUCUGCAGUAUCGUCGACCACUCCACCUAUGGCACCUCCACUCGCCCUACGCCCUGGCCAUAUCACUCACUCCCCCCCUGA